AUUGCACGCAGUUAUAUAAAUUAUAAUGCUUAUAAAACAAACUGUAUCAACAUAUUGUUUUAUAGGAAGCCGUAUUAAGAAUUUAGUUUGUUUACACACAAUAUCCCCGUGUUUUAUCAGUUGUGACCAUCUGUGUGAGGAUAAAGCGGGAGUUACAAGACUCGAAUCAACAGAUCUGUAUUUAUGUGCAGUUCAAUGUCAUUAAGGAUUUUAAAGUGACCAUGUAUUUGUGAACUCGCCAGGUGUUACAAAGAUGAAGACUGUAAUAGUUAUAGGAGGUGGACUGGUGGGUGCUCUUCAUGCAUGUUUUAUGGCGAAGCGGGGCUACAAGGUGGAUAUCUACGAAAUGAGAGAUGACAUCCGUACUAUGGAGGUUGUUCGAGGGAGAAGUAUAAAUCUUGCGUUGUCUGUGCGAGGACGGGAGGCCCUGAGGAGGGUUGGAGUAGAAGAUCAGAUUGUUAAGUUCGGUAUUCCCAUGUAUUCUAGGAUGAUACAUGAUAGGGAUGGCAAACGACGACCUAUACCGUACGGCAAAAAGGACGAGUAUAUUAUGUCUAUUGACAGGAGGCAUUUGAACGAAAUUUUAUUAACAGAGGCAGAAAAAUUCCCUAACGUGUCAACACAUUUCGAGCACAAAGUUGUCGAGUGUAAUUUCAGUGCGGGGACAGUAACUUUUCAAAAGAAAGACGGCAGUUCAGUGACAGUGACGGCGGAUCUUAUCGUUGGUUGUGAUGGUGCUUACUCUAAAGUACGCCAGGAAAUGAUGAAAAAAACAUUGUUGGAUUAUGAACAAGUUUUCAUACCUCAUGGUUAUAUGGAACUCAAUAUGCCACCAACACCGCAAGAUAAGUACGCGAUGGAGGUGAACUACUUACAUAUCUGGGCGAGAAAUGAAUACAUGAUGAUAGCCCUGCCCAACUACGACAGGUCAUACACUGUUACACUCUUCAUGCCUUUCGAGAUUUUCAAGACUCUCACCACAGAAAACGCUGUGUUGAAUUUCUUCAAGGACAAUUUCGCUGACUCCAUACCUUUACUAGGAGAGAAAGCACUCAUCGAGACUGUGAUUAAGAACAAGGCCUUGCCAAUGGUGACAGUGAAGUGUUCCCCGUAUCAUGUGAAAGACAGAGUGGUCAUAAUGGGGGAUGCUGCCCAUGCCAUGGUGCCUUUCUACGGACAGGGUAUGAAUUGUGGGUUUGAAGACUGUAUUGUGUUUGCUGAUCUUCUGGAUAAACACGAAGGUGAUUUUGCUGCUACAUUAAGCGAGUUCACGAGUUACCGGUCCAUAGACGCCAAAGCAAUGUGUGACCUGGCUUUCUACAACUACAUUGAGAUGCGUCAAUCAGUUAAUUCUCGCCUGUUUCUUCUGCGAAAGAAGGUUGACAAUUUUCUGUUUUGGUUGUUUCCGAACACAUGGAUCCCACUGUACACAACGGUGUCGUUCUCGCGGAAAAGGUAUCACGAGUGCAUAAAAAACAAAGAAUGGCAAGACAAGGUGAUUCAAAGGGCCAUGUAUCUUUCCAUUCCCACAUUUGCAGUUGCAGGAUAUUAUAUUUACAAGUAUCUCGAGCGGUUGGAUGUUCCUAUUUACGAGAAACUCGUGCAACUGGCUGAAAACUUUCGGCCUGAUCAAAAGUGGUGAUGAAAUGCGGGAAACGAAGUGACAUAUACAAGAAGAACUCUGAUAAAGAAUUUCAUUAUUUUUGCCAAAGAAAUAUGUUUUGUUGUUGUAUCAACCUAUUAACCUGGUGUUGAAAGGUUUAAAACAUGUAGCGUGUACAUUUUUGUUUAGAAAAAAGUUUUCAAGUGCUAGGUUUCGGGUUAGGCCAUUUUUAUUGUUAUAUAUACAUGUUAAUACAUGUUCAUCGUGCUUGAAUUAUAAUAUGUUAUCUAUGAGUUGAUACCAGUUGUAUAAUUUAUCUAACAAGGUAGCAAAAUC